GCAGCUGAUUGUUGCAAUUGCAAGGGACCCCAAUGAAGAAUAUUUCCCUUUGGCUGUGGCAGUAGUGGAAGCUGAAACCAAGGACUCAUGGACUUGGUUUAUAAACCUAUUGCUAGCUGACAUUGGUGAUAGCAAGAGGUGGACAUUCAUAUCCGACCAACAGAAGGUAUUUCCAUAUUUUAUGUUUGUUUAUAACAUGAGAAAUAUGAACAACAAUUGUAUGUGAUGUAUAUAUACUUAUUUCUUGUUGUUUGCAUUUGGCAGGGAUUAGUGUAGUCAUUUGCAGAUAACUGGCCUUUUUAUGAACAUAGGUGUUGUUGUAGACAUUUGUACAACAAUUUGAGGAAGCAACAUCCUGGUCUUCUAAUUAGAGAAUUGUUUUGGAAAGCAGCAAAAGCAACUUAUGCACAUGAAUUUGAGAGGGCAAUGAAUGAGAUGAAAUAUAUUGAUGAGGGUGCAUACUUUUGGCUGAAAGGACACACCACAACAAUAUGGGCUAGACACAUGUUCAGGGGUGAUGGGCUAAGUGAUACUGUCCUCAACAAUAUGUGUGAAAGUUUCAACAGUAGGAUAAUAAAAUUUAGAGGGAAGCCCAUUAUUAGCAUGCUUGAAGAUAUUAGGUUGUAUUUGAUGAAUAGGUCCCAACAAAAUAGACUGAGUAUAUUGAAGGUAGAGUCUGAGUUGUGCCCUAAAGUUUGUAAAAGAUUGCAUAGGGAGAAGAUGAGUAGCAGUAAAUGGUUGGCUUGUUGGUCUUCUGACACAAAAUUUGAUGUUAGGAGUGGGCUACAAAGUUUCAUUGUGGACCUGAAGAAGAGGACAUGUACCUGUAGGAAAUGGGACAUCACUGGUAUUCCAUGCUGCCAUGCAAUUUCAUGCAUAUUCUUCAACAGAGAGGCAGGUGAGAAAUACACCAAUGACUGCUACAAAGUCAGCACAUACAAGGCAUGCUAUGAGCUCAUCAUUGAUCCCAUUAAUGGCCAGAAUAUGUGGAACCCAACUGGACUCCCACCUGUGCAGCCUCCAAUAAAGAGAAGGCCAUCUGACAGGCCCAAGAAGAAGAGAGCAAGAGAACCCAAUAAACCAAAAAGGGGUCAUAGCAAGGGGUUGGGUAUUGCCAAGAGGUGCAAGUCAUGUGGGAAGAUAGGCCACAAUAAAAGAAGUUGCAAAGGUGAGGUUGGACGGAAUUCUUCACUGCCUACAGCUACUGGUGGUGGUCCAAAUAGCAGGAUUUCUAGGCAAAAACAGACAACUAAUGAGCCAAGUGGAGGAGUGGCCAUCAAUGAGCCAAAUCCACCAAGGGCACCACCCACCACGAGAGCUGGAAGCAGUGCAGCAACUACCAGACAAGUUACAAGCAGUGCACCCCCCAAUAGUACAGCAUCCAAUCCAAGCAGCAACACACAUGGAAAUCCAAAGAAGAGAAAGAAGGGGAGUGUCACAAGUGAGACUUUGAAUGCAUCAAGAAAUGCAUCUAGGUACAGAGAAGCAUUGAGCCAGUCAUCUGUGCAUGGGCCAAUGGGAUAA